AACUUCGGCAUUCAUUUUCUUCUUCUUUCAAAUCCCCCCCCCCCCCUCUCUAAACCCUAAACCAAUGCCUCCGCCACCCUCCGACCUCCGCCCUGUGGAUCCCAGGGUCUGGCGUGCCUGCGCCGGCUCCUCAGUUCAAAUCCCCGCCCUUCAUUCAAGGGUUUACUAUUUCCCCCAGGGUCACAUUCAGCAUUCAUGCCACUCCGCUCCCCUCCUCUCCCCUCUCGCCUACUCCAAACCUCUCAUCCCCUGCGUCGUCUCUGCCGUUCAUUUCCUUGCCGAUCCUGUUACCGAUGAAGUGUUUGCUAGGCUCUUCCUCCUCCCCGUCCUUGAACCUUCCAGAGCCCCUAACCAAUUUUUUGUGCGGAGAAGUGCGAAUACUUGGGAUGAUGAUGAUGAUGGUGAUAAUUGCAGGAUUCUUUCCUUCGCCAAGAUUCUCACGCCAUCCGAUGCUAACAAUGGUGGCGGUUUCUCUGUCCCCCGGUUCUGUGCGGACUCCAUCUUCCCGCCCCUCGACUACCAAGCUGAUCCGCCUGUCCAGACGCUCUCCGCCACCGACGUUCACGGCGCUGUCUUUGAGUUCCGCCACAUCUACCGGGGCACGCCGCGUCGUCACCUUCUUACUACUGGCUGGAGCAAGUUCGUCAACAAUAAGAAGCUCAUUGCUGGUGACUCUGUCGUGUUCAUGAAGGAUUCAACCAACGGCCAGAUGUUCAUUGGAGUUAGACGCUCAGUGAAGGUGGCGACUGGCGGUGAUUAUGCUAGGUGGCGUGAGCCAAUUUCCGGGGAAGGAAUUGAGGUGGAAGGGAGUGUUGAGGAUUUUUCCAAGGGAGGAAGGGGAAGGUUGACGUCGGAGGCAGUGGUAGAGUCGGUGGAGAGGGCUGCUAUGGGGCUGCCAUUCGAGGUUGUGUACUAUCCGAGAGCUGGGUGGACGGAUUUUGUAGUGAGGGCGGAGGCAGUGGAGACUGCACUCAGCAUUUCGUGGGUGGGAGGAAUGAGGGUGAAGAUGGCAGUGGAGACUGAAGAUUCCUCACGGUUGUCAUGGUUCCAGGGAACGGUUGAUUCUGCUGCACCAGAACACGGAUGCUGGGGUGCCUCUCCUUGGCAAAUACUUCAGGUUAUAUGGGAUGAACCUGAAGUUCUGCAGAAUGCAAAGAGAGUGAGUCCAUGGCAAGUUGAAUUUCUUGCCCCCUCACCACUUCAUACAGCAUAUCCCCCAGCAAAGAAAUUAAAAUUUCCUGAGAAUUCUGGCCUGACAGAUGGAGAAGGAGAUAUCAUCUUUCCAAUGAGUGGAAUAACUAAUUCAACAAUGGGUCAGAUAAAUUCAUCACUGUUGAAUUACUAUUUUCCUGCUGGCAUGCAGGGAGCCAGGCACGACCAUUCUAGGUUACUUAGUUUAAGCAACUUUGUAACUCAAAGUAACCCUAUAACAUGCAACAAUAAUCUUUCUCGAGAUUGUCUGGUGCCAAAGUUGAAAAGGGUGUCCACUGAACUCAACAUUGGCAGCACUCAUUCUGACAACUUAUCGCCUGAUAGCCAGAGUAGUGUGCAUUCUUUUAGCACAGAACUUGUUGAAAACAAGAGAUGCAACUCAACCAAAGUUGGUAUCAGUUCACUUCAGCUGUUUGGUAAGAUCAUUUAUAUGAAGGAGCCCAUUGAUAGUGGUUCUGAUGAUGUUGGUUCCCUGGAAAGCAAUGAAACUGAAGUUGUACGCAGUGAGGUAGAUCUUCCCUCAGAAUUUUGCUAGAGGUGCUCAAUGUUGCAUGGAAGAACCUCAGAUGUUCAGUUUUCCUCUUAAACAAUUGCAAUGUGUCUGUGUCAUGCAGAUGAGUAGCUGUACAGGUACUUAGGCUUGCAAGAUGCUGAACACCUUAUGUCACCUUUUAGUUAGAAACUUCUAUGAUGAUUUUAGUUUCGGUGUUGGAAACUCAGACGUUUAUAGAAUUAGUUAGAGUCAUCACCAAAUUCUAAGUGAUCAUCUAUAUAUGUAUAGUUUCAUAACUACUUUUUUUAAUGUUUUAGAUGGCAAUUCUGGAUGAUUGUGGGAAAAUUAUAUGGCAUCUUAUUUUAGUUUAUUCCUUACUUUUUGAUAUAUAAAAUGAUGGGUUAUAUAAUAAAAGAUAAUUCUCUCA